AUGGUGGGCUGCGACACCAUGAAGGGCUGGAAGGGGAGAAGUUGCAUGGAACAAGACUUGAGCAUGACUUCAUCUCUGACAUUUGAAGGCUUAAGUGCAAGACUGCUUGGUGUGCUGGUGUUGGUGGCGCGCGUGGCGGCCAUUCUGGACAUCUUCUUCCUGGUCAUCAACCUUCUUACGGUGGUGAAUUGGUUGGCGACGAGCUUGGUGAAGUCCGACAGCUUCGUCCAGAGCGUCUUGGAGAAGGAUUUCGCCACUCAGAAGUACCUUACGCCGGAAGGCGCGCAGGAAUCGAGCGAAGGCAAGGCGCAGUUGGUUUUUACACAAGAGUGGUUGGAUCUCAUUGAGCAGACCAGCCCUUUUGAGGAGACGCAAGAAUGGGAUGCAUACAAAUGGGAGGAAUGGGACGAAGAUGCAAGCUGGGCAUCAAGUCGAUCCUCGAGCAGAUCUGCCACAAGACAUCGUCAAGAUGGAUAUCCGAAUGCCCAAUCCAGUCAGCAGAAGCCUAUCAAGAAAGGAAAAGGAAAAGGCAAAGUGAAGGGGAAAAAGGGAAAGGCUCCAAAUCAAGGUGGACAAUCCGAUCAAGUCUCGCCAUUCCAGCAGGGAGAUGGAUUUGCACCUUGGACAACCAUGGAUACAUCCCGGUUCACACCCUCCACAACCUUGCCAACCAGCCCAUUUGCUACACAGAUGCCGAUGAGUACAGCCAGCGACAAGCAGGAAUGGGUCGAACACCUCAAAAAGGCGUACCCGGAUCCAACAUCCAUGCCCGAGGACACGAAGUUGUUCUUGGAGAAAGCGGAGCAAGAGUCGGGCCGCAUGGGGAUCAAAAACCUGCACCAGGCUACGAAGUACCUAGGCAAAGUGAAGAAACAUUUGGGCGAGGUCACAGAGCAAAGGAGAUCUCAUCGUGCUCUCUGGAUGGCACAUCUCUCCAAUGGCAUCAAGCUCUGGGAGAAACAAUUAGAGGAGUUUCGCCGACAUCAGGCGAUGUUGACAGAACAAGCAGGCAAAGCAUCAGCAGAAAUUUCUGCGACGAGCAGGAUUAUUCAUCAGCUGAGCAGUACAGCUGCAGGAGAAGCUGCACCGCCUUUGCCACAGACGCACACCGAACCAGAGGAUGCGACGGAGGAUCAGGCAGAUCGAGAAGAGGAAGUGCUACGCAAGCAGUUACAAGGAGUACUGCAGAGCUGCGCCAGUUCCCUCGGUCUGGACAUGACCCCACAGAAACCUAUCGAAAUCAAGGAGGACGAAGAGGCAGAGGAGGGCGACAAGCGUUCCAAAAGGCCGCGAUCAUUGGAGCCAUUGCAUGACUUGACAGUGUUGAACCGGGUUGCACUUUGUGAUGUCCAGUCGGAACAUUUAAAUUUUAUGGAGGAGAAAGAUUCAACCAGCUUUAUGCAGUUGUGCCCGCCAGCACCUAUGACUUGCAAGCAAUCACCCUACAAUGAUGGUGAAGCCGGAUUGAUGAACGCUUUUCACCAAGGUCAUACCCAACAAGUACCCGUCGAUGACAUGCCUACUGGGAAUGCUGAAACACCAGACUCUGAUAGUUCCUCCGCUGAUGAUCCAGUUGAUGAGGUUACUGAGUCACAACAGGAUAUUCCCCCUUUUAGGCAGGAGGUUAUCCUUUACCAUCUGAGGGAUCAACCAAUACGUACUUUCCUUAAUUGGGAUGGGUAUGAAGAAAUGAUGACGGAGAUUGCCCAUCAUUAUGCUGUGGAGCGAGACAGAUUGAUUGAAGCUUACGAGGUUGUUUCCCCAUUGCCUGAUGUGGAUGCCAACAUUGUUCCCAUUGUGGUUCAUUUGCUGGAUGGUUUCCCUCCUUAUCACAUGUCGAAAUUGGUAUUGCUUGAUUUGGAAAUCCAUGGAAACAGAGUGGAGGACCAUUUUCAGGCUGGACCUGAAGUCACAAGAAGUGUCAUUGUUGUUCCCACGCGAGUCAGUAGGCAAGGGUUGCUGAGAGCUGCCUAUGUUGAUCGUUACUGUUCCAGUGAGAACGGUCGCUGCCUUGCAUUCAUCAAUACACGUAGAUGGCCGGAUUAUGAUCUAGCCACAAGAGUUAUCUCUCAUGCAGACCAUGCACGAGUUGUGGUACCACCAUCUGAUGGGUUUGCCUGCCCAACUGCUGACCUGAUCCAGUUGAGACAGGAUGGUAUGACAGAUGAUGAAAUUGUCGAUCUGAUUCAUAAUGACGAUGUUAUCUCAGGGCAUUCACCUAGCCUUUUGGGGGAGGAUGAAAUCCAUGCACUUGCAACGCCGAAUCUCAUGGAUGUGGACCACCUCUUUGCCAUGCAAACAUCGCACCAAAUUCACUUUGACAAGCCAUCGCGUCUGCCUAAACCACAGGAUGCCAUGCGUGUGAGUGAACAGGUCCCAUUUGAGCUAACAGCACUCCCUGAACAUGGAGAGCAUGAUGUGCUCCAACUCAUGCAGCAACGAUCAACAGCCCCUGAGCCGAAUGAUGUUCAAACAAGCUCUGAUUCAAGUGACAGUCUGCCAGAAGAUUGGUUCAUGGAUCUGCAAAGGCUAGUUGACAGACAACGAGUGCAGUGUCAAGCAGCUGCAGAGGCUGAAUUCCUCUUCUCAGUCUACACGUGGUUCCUUGACCAUGGUGGUCACACCCUGUGUCGUAACCCAAAGAUCGCUGUUUUAGGAGGAGACCCAAGUGAAUGGAAAGAGGACCUAAUCUAUCCAUGGAAAUCGUAUGUGCGGCCUGAUGAUGCUGUCCUGAUUGACCUUGUCACGCCAUUUACACAACGAUUAGGCAUUGAGGAGCAUAUUGCCCACGUCAUCCUUACGCAGAGACCCGAUGCUAGUUCCUCAAUCCUUUUGUCCAUGGACUUCCCUGGUGUCAAUGAGCCAAGCGUCAUUUCAAGAGUAGCAGUUGUGGCACCGAAACUCUGCACUCCCACAGAUUUGAUGCGCGUUGUGCCACUUCUGGCCUCAUUCUCCCUCAAUGAAAUAGUGUGGGAUUAUCCCGCGCUGACAUCGGAUUCUCAGAUUUUUCGAACAAAACAUGGGCUUGGCAUUCAGGUGACCAUCAAGCCAGAGGAUGUGACAAUAUCAGAAGAGACUCAGGAUCACCACAGUCUCCUGCAGAGCAAAGCUUGUCCUUUGGAAAGCAGUGCACCUCCGGCUCUGACUGAUGAUACACCUAGUUUGGCGAAGCCCUGUGCAAGUUUGACUGAUGAAUUUCUUCAAGCGGUUGCUGCGGCAAGUAAUGCACAGGAUGAACCUCCACCACCGCUGGACCCCCUGUCUAUUGAUGCUCAGCCACAAGCAUUCCAACGUCUUUGGACGAGUUUCAAUGAGCACUUAGAAUCAGAUAUUGCGCAAUUGCAUGAGAUGGUUCGAAUUGAAAGCUGGUUUCUUAAUCAUGCGAAUUUGCACAGGUGCCACUCCUCACGGAUUACCUUGUUGAAUUCUGACUUUAUUCGAUGGAGAGAACAGCUUGCUGCUACAUGGAGUGACAAGGUUGGUAACAUGAAUGACCUGCAGUUUGCCGUUGUUGAUCCCUUGCCGGAGGAUUGUGCAACAGGUAUUCUUGCACAGCUCAUUAUUACGGAAAAUGAAUCACCUGAUCAGCGCUCCGCUGUGGUCUCGAUUUAUGAUUCAGAUGAUGAAGCUGAACGAAAUCCUUACACCCUUGCAAUAGUGUUGAGGCAACGCAUUAAUCUCCUUAGAAUGAUUGAAACAUUGCAUUUGCAAACAGAUUGCCCACCUGUGAACAUCCGAAAUCUUUGCAGCUUCUGGUUUGGUAGUAUCCCAAUUAGCACGCAUGAGGUGAAUGUUCAAGCAGGUAGUGCUUUUCGUUUGAUUGUCAGCCGAGGGAUCUUUCUGGACGUUCCGCAAUUAUUGGUCAUGGAGAACCAUGAGCUUCGCCAGGUGUUACAGCGGGCUAUCCAUAGUGAAAUCUAUGAUCGUCCACCGGACCCAGCUUUUGUAGCACGUGGGGAGAUCCCUGCACAGGCAAGUGGCAGUGUACCAGCACCUGAGUUUCCUAUUGAUGCCCGUCCACCAUGGAUCCCGAUAUUGGAAAGGCACUUUCAGACAGGCUCCUCUAGACAGUCAUUUGAUGAACCACCGACCAUGGAGGUUAUCACUUGGUAUAUCAAUCAUGAGACUGAUUACCAUUGUGGUCAUCCCAGGACAGCGCGCAUUACAAAUGAGUCGUUUAUGUGGAGAACUGACUGCAUCUUUGUUUGGAGGGACAGGCUCAUUAGAGGUUCACCUGCUGACUUGAUUGCGCUCCCCCAGCUGAUGCCUUCAUCACGCUCUGACACACUUUCACCACAUGUCAUUGUGACUCAAGGGUUGCCAAGUGAUUCAUACGCAGUUUUGAUUUCAGUGCAAGGAGUAGAUGGUUUAAGACUGCCCAGACAGCAAUUUGCUCACCUCUUCCCAGGUCGGGUUGCUGGACGUGACAUUUUGAGAUUGGCCGUACCUGAAGCUCAUGCACAUCGACCCACAGUCAUACAGCUGAAUGGACAGACUUAUUUCCCUGAUGACACUUUGAUCAUCCAAACUGGCACGUCGCUGCUCAUUUUGAUUUCGAGUUUGGACCUUGACAUAUAUACAGAUCAGAUUGCUGAUGGAUUCAGCUUGAUGCAAACUACUGUCAACCGGUCAUCCAAGCCAAUCGUUUGCAAGCCAGCCGAGUUUGCAAUACCUGAUGACAGGCCACUCGCUGUUAUUAGUGACCGCGUACAGAGACCGGCAAGGCCUUACCAUGAUGGAGCGAUUGAGUGGAGUUUGGAUUUAGGGCACACUGCGCAAGUUGCUGGUGAACACAAUGUGUGGGAUGAUGAGUAUACCUUCUCUGUCGCAACAUGGUUCGUUCAUCAUACCAGAAGACCUGUUUGCCAUCAACCUAGAAUUGUGCGGUUAUCUGGUAAUCCAAUUACCUGGAUUGAUGAUUUGCGGGCAAUAUGGCAGGAUAGCAUGGACCAUCGCAUCCCCUUUGCGAUUUUUGUUGUCAAGCCACAACCACCCCAGUUUCGUGUGCACCGAUUUGCUUGUCAUAUCAUUCUCGAACAAGCUCCACAAGCCAACAAAGUGGCCGUCCUUCUGACUGCCCUGCUGGAGGGGCACACUGGUGACGGCAUCAUUCAAGGCGCUUACUCUUUUGACAGACGGUUUAAUGCUGCUACACUGAUUCGGACUAUGGAUCUCGUGCAUUUUUGCACAGGGAGACAAUGUACCUUAUUCUUGAACAGGCAGCCUGUCGCAGCGGUUGAUUGGAAUGAAGCUUCCUCUGGCAAUAGUAUUUAUAUCCGAGUCACUCCGCCUGCUCGGGAUGAUGAUGACCUGGCCAUUGACCAAGAGGUACACCAACACUUUGAAGACCUGGCGCUCAUGCAAUCCUCUGUCCACAGUCUGAAUCCUGAUGCGCCAGUUUUUCAACCCAGUCGACCACAUAUUGCAACACAACCGGAGCAUCUGCAGGAUCUUUUUGCUUGUUGGGAAAAUCAUGCCUUUGCGUGGGAAGAGGAAUCAAGAGCGCUUCAUAUUCUCACGUGGUUUGUUGCACCGGGUAUUGGAGUGAUGAGAUGCCAAUACAGCAAACGUGUUACACUGUUUGAGGAUUUCCUCCAAUGGGAACGAAAGAUCAAAGAGAAAUGGAUUCCGAUGUUGGAUCCAACUCUACCCACUUCGUUCUUGGUUGUACAACCCACACCACCCCAUUUGGAACCUUCCAUCAGUGCCCAUGUCAUAAUUGUUCAGCAUGAAGUACCUACUUGGUCUUCGCCUCUGAUUACCAUCUAUGAUUCUGCGGUGAACUUUGGAUUCCCUUUUCGAGUUGUUCAAACGGUUAGUGAGAGAGUCAAUUUGAAUGACCUUUUGAGCUCCAUUGACUACACCAGAGACUGCCAAACGGUUGGUACCACCUGCAACCUUUGGAUCGAUCAUGUUCACAUUCCUGCUGGGACAUAUGUUCGACUCAAUACAGCUCAUUGCUUAGUGUUGCAUGUUAACCGUAUUGUCUUGCCUGCCAAUUGGCGACCUCCCAUUGAACCGGUACCCAUUGGUGAGGAAGGACUAGGACUUCUACAAGUGAAGGCAAGAGUCCUGCGAUCAGCAAGCCCUCCGACCGUUGAUGGACACCAAGUGAACUCAGAGGCAUCUGAUUAUGUUCAACUGAAUCUUCACCCUGCUAUUAGAGCUUUUGAGUGGAUGGAUUCACACUUAUUUUUGCCUUCCUAUAUGGUACCCGAUGGAGUGAACCUUUUGCCUGCAAGCCGGGAGUGGGUUGAUCUACCCAUCUGGAACAUUGGCUGCCGUUGUGACUCCAUGGUCAUCUAUUUCGACGGAGCAUUUCUACCGCAAGACCAGAAUGCGGGAUUUGCAGUGGCUGCUUUCAUUCAAUCGGGAUGUACAUGGUAUCAGGCGGGAAUGAUCUCUGGUCGUCUUGCAGCAUCUGACUCCUAUACGCCAGAGAGUUUCGCUGGAUUGAUUGCAUCAAAAUUUGCCCUUGACCUUUUGAAACAGGUGUUUUUGGGACAGGUUGAAUUGUGCUCCCUUGUGUUUGGAUACGACUCACUCACUGUGGGCCAGCAGAUGACGGGAGCUUGGAACAGUUUCCGAACACCGUUGGUCACAAGUGUUAUGCGUAGUCUCCAUCGAUUAUUGCAAGGAAGAUUUGGAGUCACCCCGUCACCAUGGCACAUCCACAGUCACCGAGGUGAACCAGGUAACGAACUGGUAGAUGCACUGGCUUUUGCUGCUGCCAAUGAUGGGGGAACGCAUGACAUUACACCAUUUGUUUGCACUGUUUUGGAGAGUUCCUUUGUGCAUGCCAUGGAAUGGACCUGGAUGCUUUUUGAACCCAGUUACCGGCAUUUAUGGGUCGAUCAUUGCAUCCGCAUCCCAAAGCAUCCUGAGACAAAACCAGAUUGUACAGUUUUCCCUGAAGAAGCACAGGCCCCUGUGGUCACUGACAUAGGAACUGAACAGGCCUCCUACUGUCUUAAAAUGAGCUCCUGUAAUGUUUUAACAUUGAAAGGAGCCGAAAGUAAGCAGUUGGGCCUUGAUGGUGUUGCUAGACAAGAUUCUGUGCUUGAGCAAUUCCAUGAACUUCAAGUCAAUAUUUUGGCACUGCAAGAGACGCGAUUGCGGAAGUUGUACCGAGCCAAUGAUCCAAGAUAUGUUCUUGUGAAAAGCGCGGCUAGUAGUAGUGGUUGUUAUGGAAUUUUGAUUGGGUUGAGUAAAAAGAUUCCGCAUGGCUGGCAAUUUGACCCGCUCACCAAUCAGCAACGUCCAGUCUUCUUCCAGGAGGCGCAUGUAGCAAUCAUUGCAGCUGAGCCGCGGAUUCUUAUUGUCCGUUUGCGUACCCCAGUUUUGCGUUGUGUCCUUAUUGCAGUUCAUGCGCUGCAUACCGGGCAUGCAGAGGCUGAUGUCCAGGAUUGGGUCUCUGGUUGCCAAGUACCUUUGAGCAAUUUCAGCAAGGGCCUGGCGGCACUUGGCUGCACCCGCAUGGGCACUGGCUCCGGGGCUUUUGUCAGUGAAGACAUUGAUGUCUCAACGAUCAAGGAAGACCACAGGGCAGUGAUUGUUCAAAUUGAAGGCCAAUGUUGCGAACAUCAGUGCCCAAGUCGUCGUCGUGCCUCUCGUCUCACAGAUGAGCAUGUUCAAUGUAUCUCUCCUAUGGCCUUUCACAAUGUUCAGCGACCAGGUUUCACUGUGGAUGUGCACACUCAUUCCAAACUUUUGCAGGAGCAAUUGCUGAGGCAAUUUGGCAGUCGUCCGACUAUUAGUCAACCAAAGCCGCGUAAAGAGGGUAUGUCGAGUGCUACGUGGCAGCUGGCUGUGCAGCAUAUUGUGUCACAACAGGAUGUACUCAUUGCCCAGGCACUGAUGCAGUUCCGACAACUUGGUCGACAAGUCGUGAAAGCAUUACGUUGUGAUGAUGUGGCAUUUUUUCAGACGCUUGCUCGAGAAGCUGGUGCUUUUGUUCAACCAAGGCAGGCCAAAGACCUCUGGCGGACAAUUCGCCGAUCAUUUCCGAAAUUUCAACAGAGAAGGAUGAAUGCUCCUCCCGAGCAAAUGGAAGCAUUGGAAGAUGAAUGGCACCCCUACUUCCGACAGUUAGAAGCAGGCAGUCAAGUCGAGGUUGCAAGUCUGAUUGAUGCAUGUCAUGAUUUCCAAAUGGCUUCUGGCAGUCUGCAGGAGCUCUGCCACAUUCAUGAGAUUCCGUCACUCCAAUUGCUUGAGGAUACCUUCCGAGGUACACAAGGAGGUAAGUCCACUGGCUUUGACCCUAUUGCUUCUGGACUCUUUCAUUCCUUCCCAGUUGAGACCGCGAGGUUGUUUUUCGACCUCAUCCUCAAGAUCUACAUGUGGCAGGCGGAACCAUUAGCAUAUAAGGGUGGUGUGAUGGCUGUUAUACCCAAGCGUCUUGGAGCGUCCCAAGUGCACCAUUUCCGUGGUAUCAUGUUGCUUCCCUCGGUUGCUAAGCGUAUCCAUGCCUUGCUGCGUUCUUCCACAGUCCGACUUGUGGAGCGUAUCAAACCUCAAGGACAGAUUGGAGGAUUUAAGAAUCAGCAAGUUGGCUUUGCAUCACAAGCUCUGCGAACUUUUUGCAGAGUGGCACACCACCAUGGGCUCAGCACAGGUGUGUUAUUUGUGGACCUGGCUAAUGCCUUUCACAGACUUGUCCGAGAAUUGGUCUGUGGUAGUGGAUCAAACUGUGAUGCCCAGGCGGUCCUCGAUCUUAUUGAAAAAGACCAAGGUACCAAUGCUGGCCUGCGUGCUUGGCUGGCUGUCCCUGGCUUGCUUGAGCGAUUGGGUGCCUCCCCUAUCCUUGUCCAGCUCAUGAGGGAGGUCCAUACGAAUACAUGGCACACUUUGGCGGGGGUCCCUGGUAUCACUCGAACCCGACGAGGCACACGUCCUGGCAGCCCAUUAGCUGAUGUAGUAUUUCAUGUUCUGAUGAUGGAUAUUGUCAUUGAGAUCAACACAUGGAUCGAAGCACAACAGCCAUACCAGCACGUUUUGAACCAAAUUGAUGCCCGAAUUGAUUCCCUUGUGUGGAGCGAUGAUCUUGCUAUCCCGUGGUGCACACAGCAGGCGACAGAGCUUGUGCCCGCAAUGCAAGUCCUCAUGUCCGUCGUUGAUCGGACCUUCAAACGCAGAGGUUUUGAUCUCAACAUGGAUCGAGGCAAAACUGGGGCAGUGCUUACGUUCCAAGGGGCAGGAGCCCCAGAGCUGCGUAAAGCGUAUCUUUUGAGCGAACCAAGCGGCUUUUGGUGCACCCUUGACAAGGGCGAAACCAAGUGGUUGCAUGUUUCGGCCACAUACCGGCACCUGGGCACACAGUUUGCCAGCAAGCUGGACUUUACCGAGGAAGUGAAAUUCAGAAUUGGACAAGCUGCUUCUGCCUUUAGUGCUAUGAGGCGUCAGGUGUUUUGCAAUCGCCAUUUGCCAGUCCAUACACGUCUCCAAUUAUUCCAGGCGCUUGUGUGUACUCGGCUCUAUUUUGGCCUUGGAGCUUGGAUGACACCUACGAUGUCCCAGUUGCAUCAAAUGCGCAAGGUUUUAGCACACUAUUUGUAUUGUAUCCUGUGUGCGGGAAAGAAGCCUCCAGAGAAGCGACCCACGGAUGGUCAGAUCUUCACUGAUGCAAAAUUCCUUGAGCCACGCAUUCGGCUGGCUCAGGAUCGGCUCCUUUUUGCACACAAGAUUUUCCAACAUGGUCCUGCCUUUGCGCAGCAUUUAUUGCAUAUUGAGUUUCAAACCCUCCCGAGUUCAUGGAUCAGUGGGCUCUUUGCCGAUUUGGCUUGGCUCAAGAGUACCCUGCCGGACUCGAUCCCGGAGGAAUGGACGACAUCCCUCACCGAUGCCAUUGACUUCUGGCAAAAAGGUGCACCGGGUUGGCAAGCCACCAUCCGGAGAGCUGGUCGUCAGCACCUGCUUCAAGAAAGUAUGAUGCAGGAUGUCUUUUACUGGCAUAGACGGUUUUUCAGAGAAUUGGAUAAGCAUGAGGCUGCUUUUGAACCUCCCUACUUUGGACGUGUGCUAGGCGAGGGGUCCUUCCCUUGCCAGUGUGGGCGCCAUUUCGACACAGCGCAGGGAUUAUCCACUCAUCGGAGGAAGGUGCAUGGUAUCUUCUCUUAUGAGCAUGACCUUCUGGCUGGUGCCACAUGCCCAGUAUGCCUCGUCCAUUUUUGGACAACCCAGCGAUUGCAGCAGCAUUUAUCUUACAUCUCACGAAAGACAGGACGUAACGCUUGUUACCAGGUUUUGCGUAAGAGUGGGUUUACAACUGUUUAUGAAAAUGUCUCGGUACCUCAGCGGCUUCGAGGAGCCAAUCGUAUUGAGGCCGUUCGCAGUGCUGGACCAUUCACUUAUUUUGUGCCUGCUUUAGAGACUCAGAUGCAUGCAUGGAACCGUGAAAUUGCCCACCUGGAAAAACAGCUGAGCGAUAUCCAAAAGCCCCCGAAUGAACAUGAGGCCGAGAUUGCUCUCCGACAGGGAUUGACCGCUGCCACGCAACAGUGGUUUCAACUCUUUUGUGAAGCAUCUUUUGAUUUGACAACUGUUGGACCAUUACAAGAUUUUUGGUUUGACUAUCUUAUCCAAUGGCCAGUUGAAUUUGAUGAUUGGUACUCCGAUGGUCUGCUUACCUGGGGACAGCAAGACCUUCCAGAUGUUGUGGCUGAUUUUGUUGAUGGUGAAGCAGAGAAGUUUGCAGAUGAAGCUUUUUAUGUGAUUUCUCGAGAUAUGCCUAGAAGCCAGUGGCGGGAUCGUAUUGCUUUUCUUUCCAGAUGUGUUAGUCAAGCGCAAGCCGACCUCACACAAGAUGUUGCACAUCGACCAGUCCGUAAGCCUGAACAGAUGUGUAAUAAUAGGCAUACCCGAGGGGACCCUGAUGCAAUUCACACCCAUUACCAGUCACAGAUGGAGUGGCAUGAUGAGGUACGUAAAAUGAAAUGGACUGGUGUACCCUCAGAGGUUGCCACACCUGCUAUUCAGAACCUUUUCACUCGCCCUGUUUUCCUUAUUGUCCAUUUAUUCAGUGGCCGCAGACGUGAGUCGGAUGUUCAUUGGUACCUGGCACAGAUGGCGCAAGUUAGAGGCCUUGAUGUAGCUGUUCUCUCGAUGGACACAGCGGUUUCGGCACAUUACGGUGAUCUAACAGCCAACUCAGUCUCUUGGCAACGCCUUGAAUACUUGUAUGGGAAUGGCCUUGUGGCUGCCACUAUUUGUGGCAGCCCUUGUGAAACCUUUUCAGCUGCUCGCCAUGUGCCGCCACCUGAUGAUCUUCCUGCUGAAGUUCGAAGCAAAUGGCCUAGACCCCUUCGCUCUUUUGCUCAACUUUUUGGUUUGCCAGGGCUAAGGCCCAAGGAGCUCCGGCAGUGUAGACAAGGUACGGCCUUCAUGUUGCAGGCUGUCAUGGCAUGCAUUUGGCAUUUGACACGUGGGGGAUUGUUCCUUAGUGAACAUCCGGCACCACCCAGUGAUGUCAGCAAAGCGUCGAUUUGGACCAGUGCCAUUAUACAACUCCUUCUUCAACACCCAGAUAUUCAUCUUCGUGUAUUCAAUCAAUGGCAGUGGGGUGCACCAGUCAAGAAACCCACCGGCCUUAUGAGCCUGCGGUUACCAAGAUUGGCGGCAUCGAUGUAUGCUUGUGUGGACGCAGAGGCUCUUCUUCCCAAGGACGUGGCCAUUGGGAAAGAUAGAGAUGGACAUUUUAAAACUGCUGUCUGCAAGGAAUACCCGAAGAGGUUCUCCCAAGGAUUGGCCAAAGCUGUCAUCGAUCAGUUGUGUACAGAAUGGCGACACGGCACAGGCCAGUUUAGUCUUUUGUCUAUCCAUGAUCUUCCUACAACCACCUGGUUGCAAGAUGCGCUGCUUGAAUGUACAACUAUCUUUUCCAACAGCACGCACUUGCCUGACUAUCAGGGGCGUUGA